GCCAAGGUGGGACCAUGAGCCCUGUGCCGGUGCUGGCCCUGCUGGGGGUCACCACGCUGCUGCCCUGUGGCGUGCCAGCCCUGAACUGCCAUGGGGGCGUAAUGGAGAUGGUGAGGAACGUGUCGGCGCUGCCCCUGGAGUGGAAGUCUGAGAGGAAAGCUUGCCAGGCCGGCGAGGCUUGCCAAGAGCUGGUGCUGCUCCUGGAGAACGGACCCCAGGUUCACCUGGUUUCCAUCAAGGACUGUGCUAAGACUGAGGACCAAGCGCCCCGGGUUACCUGGCUCAGGCCCGGCCCUGGGCUCUCUCUGGUCGCCUACACUCGCGUGUGCCACGGCGACUUCUGUAAUGAUGUGUCCAGCACUGCGGUUCUUGGGGACCUACCCAAAACGACAGGCCAAGGGACCCUGCGCUGCCCACUCUGCCUUUCCAAAAACGGGUGCAAGAAUGCCCCAGAACAGGCCUGCCCUGCGGGCACUACGCACUGCUACAGCGGGGUCCUCAGCUUCAGGGGAGCCAUGGCCUCCGAGCUGAGUGUUCAGGGCUGCAUGCCACAGGCUGGCUGCAGCCUGCUGGGUGGCACCCAGGCAAUCGGACCCUUAGUUGUGAGGGAGAAGUGUGGUUCCUGGUCAGGGACAGUCACCCUGGGGCUCAAGCUUCCUGGACCACUUCUGGCCUCGCCAUCAUCCUCUCCCAUCAUCCCCUCUGACCUCCAGCAGCCUCGCUCCAAAGGAAAGAAAGUCCAGGAGCCAACCACCAGGGCUUCAGGGGGUCUGACAUGCCAGCACGGGACGCUGCGGAACGCCAACGGCUUGUCAGAGCUGCCUCUCAGCUGGACCGCCGGCCAGACCACCUGCGACGUGGGGGAAGGCUGCCAGGACGCGCUGAUGAUGAUAGAGAAUGGCGAGCAGGUGCUCUUAGUUCUCACCAAGGGCUGUACUUCUGCUGAGGACCAAGAGGCCAAGGUCACUGAGCACAGGACUGGCCCCGGGCUGUCCGUCACCUCCUACACCAGAGUGUGCCGCCUGAAGGACCUCUGCAAUGAUCUGUCUUCCACAGCCCCUCUGUGGGCUCCACCCCCUGUGACAGCACCGGGGACUCUGCGCUGCCCACUCUGCCUGUCUGCAGGCUCCUGCUCUGGCCAGCCCGUGCAGGCCUGCCCUGCGGGCACUACACACUGCUACAGCGGGGUCCUCAGCUUCGGGGGAGAGGAGGUCUUCUCAGUGGAGAUCCUCUCAGACGUGAAGAUUCAAGGCUGCAUGACACAGCCAGGCUGCACCCUGCUCAAUGGCACACAGAAGAUCGGGCCCAUGGAAGUGCGGGAGUCCUGCCAGGCCACCCGGACAGGUGAGUUUCACUGGGAGAAAGGUCGCACCUGUGCUGCAGCCUCUUUGCAGGUGCGGACAGGCAGCCCCUCAGCUGAAGCCAGCCUCCCGGACACCUAA